AUGGGUCUCACUGCGCAGAGCGUCCAUCCCAGCCUGCAGCGCUACCUGCCUGGGCACCUGCCGAAGCGGCAGCGGCGGCUUUACACGGGGAAAAACAACAGGAAGGAGUUUGAGGUCGCCCACCUGGAUGACGUGGAAAGUGAGGUGGCGCAACACCUCACUCUGCCGAGCAGGCUUGCGCAGUCGCUGCUGCCCUCCCCCACCGUGACACGUGCAGCCGUCAUUGUUGCGGGUGAAACCCGACUCGGGGCAAACAAUGGCUGCCGCGACAGCCCGUGGAACAGUCGCACCUCGGAACAGGUGCCCCUCAGAUCUCGGAGGCAUGACGGCGCGGCGCAGGUCAGGGAGACUGCCAUGACACUGCUGGCCUCAAACACUGCGGGCACGGAACAGUAUUUUACUGAAGAGACAUUUUACUUCGGCGGCCCAAAUUUGGGUGGGGCAGGGCAAGUGGAGUACAAUGACCCAAGCGAGCCCCACAGUCGUAACGCUGUUGUCAGUGCAUGGAACGCGCGCGCACACUUUUCGCCCUCGCUGUGGUUUGCCAGAGCAACACAGCACCCACCAGACGCAGCACCGCAGACGCAAGUGAGCAGAUCGUUCUCCGCACACGCAACGAACGGCAGUCAACGGAAAGGCACAACUGACGCCAAAUCGGCCGCCAGAGGCCGGGACGCAGAAACCCAGCUUCCUUGCACCGAAAUACAACCGAAUGCAAGCACCGGUUGUCCUACAGAGAAGACGUCCUGCGCCUGGCCCUACAGCUAUGCUGCACCUGACUUGUACGCUGUGCCACCGCCAAAGCUGAGGUUUGAGCUCACCGACUACCACGCAACGUUCCACCACACAAGUGGCGUCCCAAACUCCUCCAUGUACAUCAGUGAAAAUGAUCGACUUCAGUCAAUACAAAAAGUACCACUUCCAACUCCCACAAAUAUUGCACUAUACACGCCUGCACGACGAAGAUAUCCGGCAAAAUGA